UCUUUGCGUGCGACCCAGUUUGAACGUGCCUUCCUUAGUGGGAUCUGCUCCAUCCAGACCCAUUUUCCCCCAAAGCUGUUGCUUGUAGAUUUCGCUUAAUUUUUCUAUCGGGCAGAAGAGGAGAACCAUCUUAUCCCUCUGCUACCUGAUGGCUAAGUUGGUGGCUGAUUAUAUUACCCCAUAGCAGAAUUAAAAAAAAAAAAAAGAAAGAAACCACUGAAUCUAGAGUAGAGCCUGUUGAUUGGAUAAGGCUUGUCAAAAUUUGUACCGCUGGGUUUUUUUUUUUUUUUUGGAAAUGUGUGUUGUCAGCAGAUCUGUGUGGUGGUCGUGGUUCCGCUCAAUUGCACCCCAAUGAGAGGAUUCAAUCCCCAACCCUGGCUGUCGGGAUCUCUGCAGUUUCCAGAGCUGGCAGGGGCUGUGAGUGCUGCAUAGACCUGGUCCUGUAGACGGGAAGGAGCCUGGACACAGGGACCCAUUCUCAAAGGCCCUGCAGGACCGCCAUGGCUUAUGAUGACUCCGUGAAGAAAGAAGAUUGCUUUGAUGGUGAUCACAGCUUUGAGGACAUAGGGCUAGCUGCUGGCCGAAGCCAACGAGAAAAGAAACGUUCUUACAAAGAUUUUUUAAGGGAAGAGGAAGAAAUCGCUGCUCAGGUCAGGAAUUCUUCCAAGAAGAAAUUAAAGGACAGUGAACUUUACUUCUUGGGGACGGACACACACAGGAAAAAGAGGAAGCACUCCUCCGAUGACUACUACUAUGGAGAUAUUUCGUCUUUGGAGCCGUCACAGAAGAAAAAGAAAAAGUCCAGCCCACAGUCUGCUGAUACAGCUAUGGACCUGUUGAAAGCAAUCACUUCCCCUCUGGCCACAGGCGCCAAACCCUCCAAAAAGACAGGAGAAAAGUCGUCCAGUUCCUCAAGCCAUUCGGAGAGUAAGAAGGAACACCACAGGAAGAAAGUCAGUGGAAGCAGUGGGGAGCUGUCCCUGGAGGAUGGUAGUUCCCACAAAUCCAAAAAAAUGAAACCGCUUUACGUGAACACAGAGACACUGACCCUUCGUGAGCCUGACGGCUUAAAGAUGAAACUUAUCCUCUCGCCCAAGGAGAAGGGGAGUGGCUCCGUUGAUGAGGAGUCUUUUCAAUACCCCUCUCAACAAGCGACUGUGAAAAAAUCCUCUAAGAAGUCAGCUCGGGAUGAGCAGGGUGCUUUACUCCUAGGACACGAGUUACAGAGCUUUCUAAAAACAGCCCGGAAGAAGCACAAGUCAUCCUCAGACCCGCGUUCAUCUCCUGGCCCCGAAGGCUGUGGCUCUGAGGCCUCCCAGUUCCCAGAAUCCCACAGUGCUAACCUUGACCUUUCAGGGCUCGAACCUAUCCUGGUAGAAUCAGACUCCUCCUCUGGCGGGGAGCUAGAGGCUGGGGAGUUAGUGAUCGAUGAUUCUUACCGGGAAAUCAAGAAGAAAAAGAAGUCAAAGAAGAGCAAAAAGAAGAAGGACAAGGAGAAGCAUAAAGAGAAGCGACACUCCAAGUCCAAGAGGAGUUUGGGGCUUCCCCCUGCGGCGGUGGCAGGAGAGGGCCCCGCGCCGCCUGUCCCCCCGCCCAGCCUCCCGUACACCGGAGCCGCCGCCCCACCCCCGCCGCUUCCCAGCCUCCACACAGACGGGCACAGCGAGAAGAAAAAGAAGAGAGAGGAGAAGGACAGAGAGCGAGACCGAGGGGAAAAGCCAAAAAAGAAGAACAUGUCGGCCUACCAAGUGUUCUGCAAGGAGUACCGUGUUACCAUUGUGGCUGACCAUCCAGGCAUAGAUUUUGGGGAACUGAGUAAAAAACUGGCUGAGGUGUGGAAGCAGUUGCCAGAGAAGGACAAACUGGUUUGGAAGCAGAAAGCUCAGUAUCUACAACACAAACAGAACAAAGCAGAAGCUACAACUGUGAAAAGAAAAGCAUCCAGCUCUGAAGGUUCCGUGAAAGUGAAAGCUGCUUCUAUGGGAGUGCUGUCACCCCAGAAGAAAUCCCCACCCGCCGCCAUGCUGUUACCUGCCUCCCCGGCCAAAGCUCCUGAGACAGAGCCCAUUGAUGUGGCUGCCCACCUCCAGCUGUUGGGAGAGUCCCUCAGCCUCAUCGGACACCGCCUGCAGGAAACUGAGGGCAUGGUGGCUGUGUCCGGCAGUCUGUCCGUGCUUCUGGACUCCAUCAUCUGUGCGCUUGGCCCCUUGGCGUGUCUGACCACACAACUACCUGAGUUGAACGGCUGUCCCAAACAAGUCUUGUCGAACACACUCGACAACAUUGCUUACAUCAUGCCUGGACUGUGAGCAGACUCUUGGGACAGAAACCUUAUCCUGCCCUGUUGCUGGCUUGUGUGUAUGUGACUGUUCCAGAUCCCUUCACUGGCCUCUGGGUGUAGGUUUUAAAUUUUUAUAUAUAUGCACAUAUAUAUAUAUGUAAAAUGUAAAAUAUAUACAUAGGACUGUAAGUACUUUGCUUUUAAUAAUUUUAUGAAAUGGCAAAGGUUUAGCCAAGAGGAAACCUUGGCAUGAAUAUGGGCUUGGAAUUCUUUCUUCUCCUGUGGUGGAUAAAUCUGCCUUAAAAAUCAAUGUAACUUGGGGGCUGGGGGCUAGUUUUGGAUGCCAAGUGCAUCGUGGUAAGGUUGGCUAAAAUGUGAUUCUUUUCCAAACUCAGUUGUACCUCCAGACCCAUCACUGACCAUUUGCCUUACCUGUCUUACAGUCUGAAAUGUAAUGGGAAAGAUUAUGGGAAGACGUCAGUUAACUGAAAAUACAAAGCUUUUCAACUUGAAGUGACCUAGGUGGGAGGCGAUAACAUCGUUCCCAUCUGAAAGUUAUUGUGAUGGCCUAAGUGAACUUAGUAGAGGGUUCAUUCCAAUUCCUGCUCUAUUGGUGUCCACGUCUCAAAACUUAUUGUAAUCAUUGGUACCACUGGCAGCCUCUGUCUGGGCCAAGGAGUUUUGUGAGCCCUGGAGUGGGUCAAGCCAUCAGUCAGCAGUUGCACAGUCUGUGCUGUGAGCUGACCCGGAGCAUUUGGUCUGCAGCGCUGAGAGCUGGUAUCUUCCACGGGCAGCAUCAGCUCAGCUCACAGUUGUGCCGCCUGGUUGUUGGGCGGAUACGGAAGGUGAGCUUUGCCCAGCCUGAUUCCUGGGAUCUUCUCAUUGGCUCCCCUGCUGGCCAGAAACAUGGCGUUUCGCAUUCCACACAUAAGCGAAUUGCAAAAAAAAAAAAAAAAGUACUGUGUUCUCAUGUAGGUUUAUUUAUGUGCGAGUAUGAAUGUGUUUUAAUUAUGUGUAUUUAACUCUUUAAACUCCCUUAGAUUUUAAUUUAUCCUGUAAAUUUCUGUAUAUAUAAUUUAAAAAACAAGAGCCUCCACCAGCAACAGCAUGUGGAAGAGACUAGAUUUGUCAUUUCUUCCUCCCCUCCUUCCUCUGGCCUCCUCUGCAAAUUCCAGAUCACCCACACUUUAAGGUAUCGUGCCUCAAGACGGAAUCAUUAUGUUGGGAUUCUAGUUCUUUACAAUUAAAUAAUGUCAAGAAAGUGAAAUAAAAAGGAAUGUUACCAUUCCCAGCUGCCCUAAUUUCCAAAGAACCAGAUUUUGCUUCCCAGUUUCAAAGAAAACAGUUGAGCCCUUCAGGGUUGUUUUUAAAUUUGGUGCAAGAGUCCACAUCAAAACCAAGCUCUGAGGUGACUGCUUGCUUCCCUUGGCCUGGAUGGAGCACUGAGGCAUCAGUGUCGAUCUUUGAGGAUAGUGCCCCCAGCCGGCAUCCUGUGUAACUCCUUCCAUCCUUCCUUCCUUCCCUCCCAUCCAUGUGGUCACAGGGCUGUGUUCGUUAAAGGUAUUCUGGCUGCCGAAUGCCUUUCUCACCUCAGAGCAGUUUUGAGAUUGAACUGGGGAAACA